AUGGUGGCGCUCAACUACCAGACAAUGGAUUUUCCCAUGCAACUCAACAUGGCUCAGUUUGAGUAUAACGGCAGAACAGGGUACCUUCUCAAACACGACGUGAUGCGGCGCAGUGACAAGAAGUUUGACCCUUUCUGUGACAGAAUUGACACAGUUGUGGCAAGCACCCUGACAAUAAAGAUCUAUUCAGGACAGUUUCUCGCAGAAAAGAACGUGAAAACUGGAGUGGAAGUGGAGGUAUUAGGGUUGCCCAAUGACCCUAAGAAAAAAUAUCGCACUAAAUGGACCACCACACCCAAUUCUAUAAACCCAGUGUGGAAUGAAGAACCGUUUGUGUUUGAAAAGAUCUUACUGCCAGAAUUGGCGUCUUUGAGGAUUGUGGUUCAUGAGGAAAAUGGUAAAUUCUUGGGUCACAGAAUAAUUCCAUUGGAUGCUAUCCAAUCAGGCUUCCAUCACAUCUGCCUCCGAAGUGAAAGCAACAUACCCCUCACACUGCCGGCUCUCUUUGUGUACAUCGAGGUUAAGGACUACAUCCCUGCUGCUUUUGCAGACUUCACAGAUGCCUUAUUUAACCCGACAAAAGGCACAGAGAAAACCACCAAGACUCCAAAGGAGUCAUCUGCUGACUACGUCUCUCCGUAUGAGCUGCCCCUCGCUGUCCCAGUGCCCACUCCCAGUGCCAAGGCAACAGAGGCUCCGCCAUCAGAAGAGACGUCAACAACUUCAGACCCAAAUGCUGAGGCUAAAAAUACUGAAGAGGACCCUCCGUCUGCUGCUGAGAACCAAGAUCCAGUGGACGAACCUCCAAAAGAAGAGACCACUGAACCAAAACAGGAGACCGUAGAAGAACCAAAAGAGACUCAAGAAGAACCAAAGGAGGCCAAGACUGAGCCCAGUGCAGAACUAGUAAUCCUUCCUGUAGUGACAAAUGGAUCUGCUGUUGAUACUGGAGAUAUUAAAACUGUGACCACCGAAGAACUGACUCAGCAUAAGAACUACGUGAAGAUCAUCAAGCGUCAGGAGAAAGACCUCAAAGAAACCGAGAAGAAGUUACAAAAAAAGGGAGAGGACUUAAUUCAAAAAUACUCAGACACUUUCAAAUCCAUCAAGAAAAAGGCUUCAAUCAAGAAAAAGGAGGGAGCAACAGGAGGAGAUUCCAGUGUAGCCACUGAGCGUGUGCAGGAGCAGAAGGAGAAGAUGUCGAGUGAUCUGCACGGUCUCUGGACCAGUCAGUACGACCAGAUGAAAAAGAAGAAAGAACAGUUUGCUACAGAAAGACUGACAAAACUGUUGGAAUUAGCUGGAGAUAAACACAGUAGUGAGCUGAAGGCGCUGGAAAGUGAAGCUAAAGAAAAGAAGAAGUGUCACGGAAAAGGAAGUGAGAGAGCAAAGCUGAAAAGGGCAUGCAGCACAGAUGUUCUGGAUGAAAACAAUCCAUCUGAAGUCCCUGACAUUAAUCCUCAGCAAGAGGCACUGAUGAAGAAACAGGAAGCGACGCUGGAGGAGAUCAAAGCUCUGACCAACCAGCUGAAUCAAGACGCUCUAAAGGAGCAGCAGCAGAAGAUGCAUUCUCUGUCUGGGGAUGUGGCUGAGGCUGUGAAUGUGUGUGUGGGAUCUCACUUUCCAGAGCUUGUGGACCAAAAUGCCAAGAAAGUGAGUGAGGCUGGGGUCUACGGCGAUGUUUUUCUUGGUUAG